CAGUUUUUACAGUGGAAAUAUAUUUUGGGCUGUGUGACAUCUCUCUGUCUCACUCUCUCUCUCCAUUUCUCAUAUCCUCGUGUUGGUGGCCGGAAAGUUGCGUCAGCGUCCGCCGACGGGAUAAUCCCCUGUUACAUCGGCGGAGCAAUCUGACGAGGUUACUGUUAUUGUCCUGUUCGUGGUGAUCCAACAAUGUCAGGCUUCGAUUCUCAUGGAUUGAUAAAUUGGGGGAUCGGUUUGGCUUUGGUCUAGAUCUGUUGUUCCUAGGGUUGUUAAUAUUCUCCUGUCCUUUUGGUUCGCAGUUUUUGUUAAUUACAUUCCGAUAUCCCGGAUGAGAUGGAGGAAAAUUAGGGUUUUAAUCGGAUUUGGUGGCUUAGUUUGUGUAAACCAUGGAAGGAGGGGGCAGGAGAUCUGGUGAACCUUCAGGGGUAGUGAUAAAGAAACGGAGCUCUUCGGGUUGUUUGAUUGUGAAGAAGAAGGGCGACAGGAUUGGUGGGAUUUCUUCAUCUUCUGGGAAUCGCCCGGUUUAUGACUCGUUGUUGGAAAAUAAGAGGUCCAGGAUGGUUAUGAGUGAUUCUGGUUCUGGGUCUAGCGGUGAAAAUAUGGUACCUUGUAGUAACACUGUUCACCAAACGAUUCACCGCCAUUGUAAUGGUUUUGAUAGGUUAAAUGCAGGAGAGGGUCGUUUUGAUGGAAAAAGGGAAUGUGCAGAGCUUGUUGACCGUAAAGGGGAUUGCUUUGUGGGAAACAGCAGCGGCGAAUGGAGGGAGAGGAAGAGAAAUAGAUUAGAUGAAGUGGAGUAUGAUAAUGACGAGAAGGAUGAAGACAAAUUGAUGACGAUGAGAGCGAGGAGGUCGUUUGACAGCAGUGGAGUUGAUAUUGGUAGGAAAGCAUAUUUGGGGUUUGCUCAAUUUGGCAUUGGCAGGAAAUACGGAAUUGGUUCAAGUAGAGAUUUUGUUCUUGAGAAGAGAAGGAAGUCAUACUUUGAUGGGUUAGGGGCUGUAAAUUUUGCUGAUCAGGGUUAUAGAAACAGGUUUAAGGUGAGUGCAGAUGAAAGUGAAAUUCAUGCAUCGUUGUUGCGGACAAAGUACAAGGGUGAGACAGAUUUUGAUGAACCUAUUAGAGUUCAGGGGAAAAACGGUGUUCUGAAGGUGAUGAUAAACAAGAAGAAUAAGAUGAGUGGGGUAUUACUCAGAAACUUCGCUAAUGCGGAAGCUAAAGAAACAAAAAAUGGUUCAAAAGUCCAAGAUACGGGUAAAAUACGUGUUGCCAUCCAGUCGCCAGCCACUUUAAAAGCCGAAAAUCUUGUGAAACCGCAUCCAUGUGUCAGGACACAAUCAAAUGGGUCAAAAACGCGCACGACCUUGGCCAUGAAAAACAAGGGCCUGGACCAACAAGAUUCAGAAGAUCGUGAUAUGUUGGCAAGGCCACAGAAGAAGACUAUUAAAGCUCAUACACAUACCCGGAUGUUGAUUGCUGGAGGAGAAAAGAUUCCACCUGAAGAGUUAGCGCCUCCAAAAAUCAAAGAUGGAAAAGUUAGGCGUGGUUCUGGCACAGAAAAACAACGAUUACGUGAGCGAAUUAGGGGAAUGUUACUGGAAGCAGGGUGGACCAUUGACCAUAGACCCAGAAGGAAUAGGGACUACGUAGAUGCAGUUUAUAUAAGCCCAACAGGAACAGCAUAUUGGUCUAUUAUCAAGGCCUAUGAAGCGCUUCUGAAGCAAUUAAAUAAUGGGGAAACUGAGGCCAAGCCUAGUCGGGACAGUUCUAAGUUGUCUCUCAUCUCUGAUGAGAUACUCAGUCAGUUAACGCGCAAAACUAAAAGGAAGGUUGAAAAAGAUUUGAAAAGACGGCAACAAGGUGGCAGUGAUAGUGAUGAAAAAAACUCAGUUUCCAGAAAAUUCUCUACUGUCAGACAUGAUACAGGAAAUGAAGGCAGAUAUUUUCAUAUAGAGAAACUAAGCUCCUCCCUAGGGAUGGGUGCUAUGUCGAUGAGGAAUGAGAUCAAUCAUGAAGCUGGUUUAACAGGUAUGAAGUACAAAAGUGAUAGCGAUUUGCCUCACCAAACAGAAAAAUCUGCUGGUUCCUUCUCUCAUCAUAUAGAUGGAGGCAACAGUGGCAAAUUUGGUAGAAGCACAUUGUCGGUAAGAUGUUCAACUAAGGAAAACAAUUCAGAAUCUGAUGGCUUUGUACCUUUCUCUGGAAAACGGACAGUGCUGGCAUGGCUGAUUGAUAGCGGAACAGUUCAGUUGAGCGAAAAGGUCAUGAACAUGAACCGCCAACAGUCACGAGCAAUGCUUGAGGGAUGGAUAACAGGGGAUGGUAUUCAAUGUGGUUGUUGCCGUAAACUACUUUCAGUUUCGAAGUUUGAGAUCCAUGCUGGAAGCAAAUUGCCCUUGCCAUUUCAGAACAUGUAUUUAGAUUCCGGGGUUUCUCUUUUUCAAUGCCAAAUAGAUGCGUGGGAUAGGCAAAGGGAUGUUGGGCACAUCGGUUUCUGCUCUGUUGAUGUAAAUGCCGAUGACCCAAAUGACGAUGCUUGUGGUAUUUGUGGAGAUGGAGGUGAUUUAAUCUGUUGUGAUGGUUGUCCCUCAACAUUCCACCAGAGAUGUCUGGACAUUCAGAUGUUUCCUCAUGGUGAUUGGCAUUGCCCAAAUUGUACAUGCAAAUUCUGUAGGGCAGUUGUCAGAGACACUACUCCGACUGUGGAUGCAAGUCUAUGCAAAUUACUUACCUGCAAGAUGUGUGAGAAAAAAUAUCACAAGUCAUGCAUGCAGGAGGUGAAUGCUACUCCAACUGCUGGUACUGAAUCAGGCUUCGCAUUUUGUGGGAAGGAGUGCAAAGAGCUCUUUGAAGGUUUACAAAAGUGUGUUGGUAUCAAACGCGAACUAGAAGCUGGAUUUUCAUGGUCUCUAGUUCAUAGGACAGAGAUAGAUUCGGAUUCUGUGGUACUUGACCAGCAUCGGACUGUAGAAAACAACUCCAAACUUGCCGUAGCUCUGACAGUCAUGGAUGAAUGCUUUUUGCCCGUCAUUGAUCGGAGGAGUGGGGUGAAUAUAAUACGCAAUGUCCUUUACAAUUGUGGGUCAAACUUCAACCGGCUUAAUUUCGGUGGCUUCUACAGUGCUAUCCUUGAGAGAGACGACGAAAUAAUUGCUUCAGCAUCUAUCAGGUUUCGUGGGGAUCGGCUAGCAGAGAUGCCCUUUAUCGGGACUCGACCUGUCUAUAGAUGCCAAGGGAUGUGCCGUCGGCUUUUCAAUGCAAUAGAAUCUACUCUUCAACGUCUCGAGAUCGAGAUACUGGUUAUUCCUGCAACUGCAGAGUUUACCCAUGCUUGGAUUGAUAAAUUUGGUUUUUGUCCUGUGGAUGAUUUGCUGAAGAAAGAAAUAAGGUCCAUGAAUCUUUUGGUGUUUCCUGGCAUUGGUAUGUUACAGAAGGAUCUGUUCGGACACAGACACGCCGGAGAAGAUUCUGCUUCUGACACAGACAUUGAAAUCAAGAGGGAGCUUUGUGGGAUCGGUCGAGAAGAUUGUCAGAACGAGGACAUGGAUUCCGCCAUAAAAACAACUGAAGUUGAUGUUUUGAGACCCGGUUCCCGGCUCAUGGAACGUAUAGCGAGCUCUUCUUCGAGUCCAAGCACAUCGCCUUCUGAAGAUAGACCCGUAUCAGAUUCUGCAGUUGAUCGCCGGAACUGUGUGGAUUCGAAUAAAGCUUCUCGAGAUGAUGUUCCAGUUUUGGGAGGAUUGCCCACAUGGCCCGACGAUAUAUGUCCGAACAGAGGAGAGACUGAGUACAAACCUUCAAUGGCGGCUGCAAUGGAUCGAGUCGAGAACGGUGUCGGCUCUGGUUAUGGAACAUCAUCAGAUUCUCCGAGAAGAAGGGAGUUGGUCGAGUCCCCGCCACACAGGAACUGCGACAUGGCGUUUCUGGACCACAUUAUCCGUUCUCCGGUGGACACAGUCACCGCAAAGGAAGAUCGAGAUCUGUAUUGUCCUAACUCCGGCGGUGGUUCGAUUUCUCCGGCAAGACAGUAGUGAAAGACUAGGCGAAGAAAGAUAAAAGAAUCGGUUUUUGGGAUGAGAGAGAGAGAGAGAUCCUGAGUAUUUUGGUGUGUAAACUCUCUUGUCAAUGAAUGACUGGAAAUCGAGUAUGUUCAUAAUGUCUAUAUACAUAUACAUAUAUCCGAUUUGUAUAUGUGCCUCAAUGUCCCUAUGAUUCUUCCUAGUCUUGGGUUUGUCCCUUGUGGUGGGUCGAAUUUUUGUUAAGAAAAUAUUAUAUA